AUGGCGUCUCUGGACCCAAAAGUUGCUUCGCUCGUCGACAAGGCUGCACGAGAGGAUGAUUCGGACGAAGAUGCACUCAUUGCCUCCCUGGAAGAUGACGAGGAGUUAGAUGCAUUCCGCGAGCAACGACUUCAACAGUUGCAUCAAGAGUACGACAAGGCGCGACGACUGAAAGAGAGCGACCAUGGGAGAUACUCCGAGAUUAAAGACGAGAAGGCUUUGAUGGACAUCACAACAAGCACUAAACUGUGUGUGGUGCACUUUUUCAAGCCCGACUUCAACCGCUGCCGCAUCAUGGAUACUCAUCUCGAGUCACUGGCCCCUUCACACUAUGAGGCCCGAUUUCUCAAGAUCAACGUCGAUAACUGUCCUUUUCUUGUUACUCGUCUGGGUAUCCAGGUCCUGCCAUGUGUCAUUGCCUUCAUUGACGGUGUGGGAGCUGAUCGCAUUAUUGGAUUUGAGGGGCUUGGUCACACUGAGCAAACAUUUACGACUCGCGAUCUGGAGGCUAGACUUAUUCGAGCAAACGUACUUGCAAGAAACAAGGUCAACGAGGAGGAUGAGAGGCAAAGGCUGCAGCGAAGCAAAGCAAAGGAGCAGGAAGACGAGGACGAAGAUUGGGACUGA